AUCCUCCCCCGCUUGUCCAAGCCCUUCCUGUUGUUUUUAUUUUUGUUUUCUCCCGGGGAAAAGAAACUCCGCAGCGAAAUUUCUACCGGAUCCGCCGAGUUUCGCCUGUGCAGAAUUAUAGUCCAGGGGUUUUUUGGUUUUUUUGAAGAAAAUGCCGACCGGGUUGUAAAGGAUGGCGUCUUUGGUGGCUGAUUAUGGAGAAUCCAGUCAAGAGUCGAGCCACAGCGAUGAUUCCGACACUGAGACGGAAAAUUUCAAAGAAUGCGCUGAUUCCGAAGAAUCGACAGCCCGGCUGCCCCCACCAGCUUUUUCUGACAAAAUAAAGAACUCCGUAUUUGUCAACCCUUUCCUAGAAGCCGAAAUAGCGCAGUAUGCCGUCCUGGAAAAGCAUGUCAAAAUGGUGCCCCAAAAAGAUGAAAAGAUGACGAAAAAGGUCUGCUACAUGUUCAAGAAAGGGAACUGCCGAUUCGGGAAGAAAUGCAAAUUUGCUCAUAAUGUUGAUAACGGUCAGGCAGCUGUUACGCAGGAGCAUAAAGACAACAGUAACCACAACAACCACAACCAAGGGUUCAUAGAUGAAAACCAAGACCUGAGUAGGUCCAAGGACAGCGACGAUGAGGACGAGCCUCAGAAAAAGAAAAAACGCCUUGGCCUCACUAGAGGACUUAUACCAAGCAAAAAAGUUAUGAAUUUGUACAAACAGCAAAAAGAAAAAUGUGGGAAAUGAAUUUAUUGUGAUAAAUGUGAACUGUAUCAUAUUCAAAUUUUAUCAAAUUAACUUAUUUCAUUUUAUACUAAGCUAUUACAACUAUGUAAAAUCAGAAACAAAUUUUUAUCGUGGUUUAUAUUUAAAUACGU